CAGCUCAGUGAGUUGUGAGACGGAGCCACCACAUGCUUCGGAAUAUGCAGUGGAUAGUGAUGGGUGGAGAAAGGACCGUUUGCAGCCCAGUUGGUUCAGUGUGUUGAAGAGUGUGUUGUGCAUGUUCAGCUGAGGGCAGAGGGCAGAGGGCAUCUACACCACAUAGAGAUGGCAGCCCUUCAGUAAGAUGUUGGAAACAUCCCUAACUGACAGAAAUCAUUGUCUUCAUUUUCAUCCCACAAGACUGACCUGGACCGUUAAAUGCCCUCUCAAUAUAAAGGGCUAAAAUGUUUGUGGUCUCCUUGCCAAGAUGUCUACAGAUCUGUGUGUCUUUGGUAAUGGUGUCCAGACUACAAGGCAGGGUUUCAGCUCCAAUACGUCUGGAGGCCCUGGUUGAACUGCCCUUCACUCUGAGCUGUACGCUUGUCAAGGCCAGAGGAGAAUCGGUUCAUCAGAUCCGCUGGCUGGAUGUGCAGAACCAGACGUUAAUCGCUUACCAGCCUGGUGAAAAAGACAGUGUGAGUGGACAACAGCAUGUGGAGCUAGCUCCUUCACCACGAGAUGCCAGUGUCAUCACCAUCAAACGGGUCAGCUACAGGGAUGAGGGCUGUUACACUUGCAUCUUUGAUAUUUAUCCCAAAGGCUCAAGAGAAGGACAGACCUGCCUUACUGUCAUAGCAAAGGUGAUCUCAGAGGGCAAUACGACUGCAGUGGGUGGUAAACAAGCCUCUCUGGCCUGUCGGUACGGCCUACCGGAGAAAGUCAAGCAGGUGCUGUGGAAGAAGAUUGUUAAUAAAGUAGAAUCCCGUGAAGUUGCAUCUUUUGCAAAGCAGAGUGACCCUGUGAUUGAAGAAGAGUUUGUGGACCGUGCGAGCCUAAGCUCUUCCCUGUCUGACACGCAGCUCACGUUAUGGCCAGUCCGAGCUGAAGAUGAGGCCUGCUACACCUGUGAGUUCCACAUGUACCCGGACAUCACUAAGAGUGCCACAAGUUGCCUCACUAUAUUUGGUACGUCCCUCAAGGCUGCUUGA